AUGCCCGACCACGUCAGAGAAUUUUUUGCCGUGACGGGAUUCCCCCAAGCUGUAGGAGCCCUCGAUGGUAGUCAUUUCCCUGUAUCGCCACCGAAGGAACACGCAACCGACUACUACAACUACAAAGGGUGGUACAGUGUUAUACUGCUGGCGUUAGUGGACCACAGAUAUCGGUUCAGGUACAUCCGGGUUGGAAUCCCGGGGAGGUGCCAUGACGCAAGUGCAUAUGCAGAUUCAGAACUCAAAAACCUUGUUGAGAGUGCUCACUUCAAGACUCCUCAGGCAGUCAUUGAGGGCACUCAUGUUGCACCUGUCAUAUUGUGCGAUCAGGCAUUUCCUUUUACGCAGAAGCUGAUGAAGCCUGUCGGGUCUCACACAUAUGGAACACCACAAGUAUUUAACUACAAUCUCUCAAGAACAAGAAGAAUAGUAGAGAACGCGUUUGGAAGAAUGAAAGCUCGUUUCCGGUUUGUUGCAAAAAGAACAGAAUGCCGCCUGCCUAACUCAAGGAGAGCAAUUAGGGCUUCUUGCAUUUUGCACAACAUCUGCGAGGAGUUUCGGGACAAUGUCGAGCAGCCAUGGGAGCAGGAAGCACAACUGGCCGCUCUCUAUGUACAGCCUUUUCACAACACACAAGCUCACACAGAAGUGGGUGAAGAAACAAGGACUGCAUUUGCAAAAUACUUUUCAAAGCGAGCUCCUCAUUCCUCGGGAGCUAGUUCGGAUGUUUGAAAUGUAAACAUGCAUUUAGAUGUUUGCCAUAGCUAGUGUUGUGCACAAUAAAACAUGCAUGAAAUUUCUCUUGAUGUAUGCACAGUUCAUUUAUUUGCCAGCUUCUCCAGCACAGACAGCAAUCUUUCAUCAAUGCUGGCUAUCUGCUUGAACACCUUGAGCUGUUCUUCUCCGAGCUGCAGCUCCCUAUCUUUCCUCGGCUCCGAGGAAAUAUGAAGCUGGCGCUGCUCGUCCAGCAGCUGCAUCACGAGGGUGGACGGAGCUGGUUGCCGCUUCCGUUUUUUGGUUGCUGGAUUUGUACAUCCAAUCCAGCUUCGCAGCUGGGUCCAGCUGUUCCUGUGCCAGGGGGGGGAUUGCAGACAAGAGUUCCCCGCUUCAGGUGGCGAUGCACAUGGUGGGGGGCAGCAUGCCAUCCCAGGGAGAGGUGACAGGCACCCGUCACUCGACUGGUUAUCUUGCAAGGCCCUUGCUAUUCCUUCA